AUGUGUAGAAACUCAUUCCUGGAAUCUGUAAGUUUUUUUCAGGUCACUUAUUUAUUAUGCAGGCAUGAUUUUUGCUUCACGAAGCUUCUGUUGCUUUGGCAUUAGAACAUACCAACUACGAACAGAUUUGCUUUCCAGAUCCAUCAGACUUUCAGCCUCUGCAACAAUGGCCUUCAGACACAAAAACACAAGACGAAUUGAAGGCCUUGAUAGCAAUGUCUGGGUUGAAUUUACAAAGGUGGCAGCAGAUCCCUCAAUUGUUAAUCUUGGUCAAGGCCUUCCUGAUAUAUCCCCUCCCAGCUACGUUAAAGAAGAGCUGGCAAGGGUAGCAGCAGUUGACAGACUGAACCAGUACACACGAGGCUUUGGACAUCCAUCACUGGUGAAAGCCUUGUCUCAAGUGUAUGAGAGAGUUUGUGGAAGAAAGAUUGAUCCUCUCACAGAUAUCCUGGUGACCGUGGGAGCUUAUGGAUCUCUCUUUAGUACAAUACAGGCACUAAUUGAAGAGGGAGAUGAAGUAAUAAUAAUAGAGCCGUUUUAUGACUGUUAUGAACCAAUGGUGAAGAUGGCGGGUGCAAAGCCUGUUUUUAUCCCACUGAGACAUAAAAAUUAUGGAAACUCUGCAUCUAGUGCUGAUUGGGUCUUAGAUCCUGCUGAGCUUGCAAAUAAAUUUAAUUCCAAAACAAAAGCAAUUAUUCUGAAUACCCCGCACAACCCUAUAGGCAAGGUGUUUACCAGAGAAGAGCUUCAGGUAAUAGCUGAUCUCUGUAUUAAACAUGAUACUCUGUGCAUCAGUGAUGAGGUGUAUGAAUGGCUGGUGUACAAAGGAAAUAAACACAUUAAAAUAGCUACGUUGCCAGGUAUGUGGGAAAGAACAAUAACUAUAGGAAGUGCUGGAAAAACAUAUAGUGUAACUGGCUGGAAGCUUGGUUGGUCUAUUGGCCCUCAGAACCUGAUUAAGCAUUUGCAAGUUGUUCACCAAAAUACACUGUAUACUUGUCCAACUCCACUCCAGGAGGCUUUGGCACAAGCAUUAUGGAUAGACUAUAAACGCAUGGAUGACCCAGACUGCUAUUUUUACUCACUGUCUCGAGAGCUGGAAAGCAAGCGUGAUCGGAUGGCGCAGCUGCUUCAAGAAGCUGGACUAAAGCCUGUCGUUCCAGAUGGAGGAUACUUUAUGAUUGUUGAUGUUUCUACAUUAAAUGUAGAUCUCUCUGAUGUAGAUGAGAAACAACCUUAUGAUUAUAAAUUUGUCAAGUGGAUGAUAACAUCUAAGAAGCUGUCAGCAAUUCCUCUUUCAGCAUUCUGUGGUCCUGAGACAAAAAGGCAGUUUGAAAAGUACAUACGCUUUUGCUUCAUUAAGGAAGACAGCACACUAGAUGCAGCUGAAGUGAUUCUGAAGAACUGGAAUAAACAGACAGCCUGAUUUUUCUUAUUAACUCUUCCAUCUGGUAUAAUUAUCUAACAGUAGGGCUUUUUUAAUUGCAAAUUUAAGAUCAAAUUACUUAAUACAAUACAGAAUUAAUAUGACAUUGUGAAUAACUUUGUGCUGCCACCUGCUGAGGAGUUAAAACAAUGAUUUACUGAAAUAUGUGUAAUGCGACUCAGAGGUUAUUUUCAGUCUUUUGAAAAUAAUUUACUUUUUUCCUAAA